AUGCUCCACAACGCUGGCAUUACCGCAAAGCGCGACCUCAUGAGUGACGACGAGCCAUCCAUUUCCGAGGAGGAUGAAAUGACAGUCAACUUUAUUGCUCCCGUUGAGUUGACAAGUCAUCUCCUGGGUGUCCUCUCCCAACGAGGACCCGACGGCGCCUUUGUCUGCUUUGUCACUUCUGGAUUGGCGUUGACUCCCAAGAGAGCUUCACCGAUUUACUUGGUCAGCAAGGCGGCUCUUCGGUCCUACACCAAGUUGCUACGAGCACUGCUGAAAGCCACCCGGCCUUCCGUCAAGGUGAUGGAAGCCUUGCCACCAGCAGUGGCUACGGAAAUGACAGCCGGGUUGGAUAAGGGAGACAAUAUGAUGAGUCCAGAGGCCAGCGCCAAAAGCAUCGUUCAAGGAAUCGAUGCAGGGAAACUCGAUAAUUACAUCGAGAAGACCUACUGGUUCAGAUGGAUAGAUUGCCCCGGCAAUUGGAGAAUCCAUGAUAAUCGACAAGCCUUGAAUGACUAG